AAGCAAACCCCUUCAGACAAAGUGUCUCCCAUUCAGUACACCCACAUACGCUACUACUAUCCAGCUUCUCGCCAACCAGGCCAGAAGAAGACAGCCCACGAGGGUGCUCAACAACCGGGCACUGCGCCGUCUAGAGUUCACUACUAUUCGCCCACAAUGCCAGCCAUCGAGGUCUACGAGUAUCCCGUCCAUCUGGAGUCGGAGCUCCGGGACGACGAGCUGUAUGUCGUUUCCAGAUACGAACACCAUGCAGAGCACUGCGCACGCUGUGCCAACCCCCUUCGAGCCCUGAAGGAAGACAGUGGAUUGUGUCAACGAGGCUACGGCCACGCGGAGCUCGUCGCAACCUAUCUCUUCUCCAGACAUGACAAGGUCUAUUCCGUCGCUCGUGAGAGCGGCGAGCCUACCCGCGUGCACAUCCCACGUGAAUACAAGAGCGCCAAUGCUUUGCUCCUCGCCCUUGAGCUUGGCCUAGAGCUUCGAGAGGAGAAACCCCUUCCAGUGAUCACUUACGAUGUUGGCAAGCCAGCUACUCCCCGUCGAUCUGCUGAGGUUGAGGAUCCAUAUCCCUGUACCGAGAUUAUUGAGCGAUCCCCUCAGACUUUGAAAGGCUCGCGGACGAUCUGCUACCGGUCCCCACGAGGCUCCCCACACCGUGGCUCUCUCUACGAGACUGAUGCGGUGGACCGUCUUGAGCGUCACUCUCAAGUAUACAAGACCCGCCGUUCCACCAGAUACUUCCGUUGAUGAGGGACGCAUCCACAUCUCUGGACUACUGCUACUCCGUAUAAGGAUUACGACUCUUGGAUUUCCUAUCCACAA